AUGGAGCGCCCUUCAAAGCGGGCAAGGCUAUCGCCGGCGCUGUCUGAAAAGGCAACGGAAAGUGAAGAAACCGUACGAACACCAUUGGCAUCACUGCAAAGGUCCAUCUCACCACCAGCCAGCACGCGGUCUGCGCAACUGCACGCGUCUGUAUCAGCAUGCUCGGAUCUAAAAAAUGAUCGGUUCGAUAUCCAGGAUGCAAAUAAUGCUCUACGCUCUCCUUGUCAGGUUCCUUCGCCAUUCCAGCUCACUCAUAUUCGAGACCUGCCAGACCAAGGGGGCUUCAAUGAUGGUACGGUGAAACUGAGGGAUAUCCUUGGAGAUCCGAUGAUCAAGGAGUGUUGGCAAUUUAACUACUGUUUUGAUGUGGAUUUUCUGAUGUCUCAAUUUGAUGAGGAUGUUAGAAGUCUUGUGAAGGUUAAGAUUGUGCAUGGAUCCUGGGAGAGGGAGUCCGCUAACAAGAUCAGAAUUGAUGAAGCAUGCGCUCGGUACAAAAACGUAGAGGCGAUCGUGGCAUAUAUGCCUGAACGUUUCGGAACCCAUCAUUCUAAAAUGAUGGUGCUUCUACGACAUGAUGACUUAGCACAGGUUAUCAUCCACACAGCCAACAUGAUCCACGGAGACUGGACAAAUAUGACACAGGCUGUUUGGAAAUCCCCAUUGCUUCCUAUUUUGAAGCCGGGUUCACCGUCUUCACCACAGGGAGAUACAUCACUUGGUAGCGGUGCAAGAUUCAAGAGAGACCUUCUUACGUAUUUGAGAGCAUAUGGUCCUAAGAAAACUGGUCCGUUGGUUCAGCAACUAAGUCAAUAUGAUUUUGCUGCGAUACGAGCUGCUAUUGUGGCUAGCGUUCCGUCAAAGCAAGGCCUCAUUGAUAUAGAUUCAGAUACAGGAACCUUAUGGGGUUGGCCGGCCUUGAAAGAUCUCAUCGGUCGAAUACCCGUGAGCUCGAAACCCAAAGAAAAUAAACCUUCAAAGCCUCGGAUUGUCAUACAGAUAUCCUCAGUCGCUUCUCUCGGCCAAACAGAUAAAUGGCUGAAAAGUAUUUUCUUCAAGGCUCUCGCACCAACACCAUCCGAUUUGGCACCUAAAUAUUCAAUCAUAUUCCCAACACCGGAAGAGAUUCGAAAUUCCCUGGACGGUUAUGGAUCCGGUGGCUCAAUUCAUAUGAAGACUCAAAGCGCACCUCAACAGAAACAACUACAAUAUCUACGUCCUCAUCUAUGCCAUUGGGCUGGAGAGUCAAAAACCAUCGAUCUCUCUGAUGACAAGUCCACGACACGUGAAGCUGGCCGUGGACGUGCAGCGCCACACAUCAAAACAUACAUCCGCUUCUCAGACGAAGAGACGAUGGAUACUAUAGAUUGGGCAAUGGUGACAUCUGCCAAUCUAUCCACACAAGCGUGGGGCGCAGCACCGAACCCAGCCGGCGAAGUAAAAAUCUCCAGCUUCGAAAUUGGGGUUGUCGUUUGGCCGGAUUUAUAUGCAACUGCUCUUGUUUCCCCAUCUGCUUCAAGGUCGGAGAUGAAUCAAUCUCCAGAUGUGCUGAUGGUACCUGGUUUUAAGCAGAAUGAGCCUGUGUUAACCAGCAUAGCUGCAAAUGCCGCUACUGUAGUUGGACUACGCAUGCCGUAUAGUCUUCCACUUACUCCGUACAGCGCGUCGGAGGAGCCAUGGUGCGCUACAGCUCCGCAUUACCUUCCAGACUGGAGAGGAAUGAGCUGGCUCAUCUAG